AGAACAUCACUAUGUCCCACAGGAUGAUCAGCUUGUGAAUCCAGGUGAAGAUCUGAACAAUAUUAAUCCCCCAGAGACAUAUGUGAAGGGAGAUGAGCAGAGUACAGAGGACAUUCCUACAGAUAACCGCCCAGAUGACUGUACCAGGAACUUAGAGAAACAUCUGGUAUCUUUGGAUUUUGAAGAGCAUGCCAAUAUGAAAGAUAUAUCUUCAUCCAAUCACAGCAACAAUGCAUCAUUUGAUUCUUUUAAACAGGUCCGAUCUUCUGAUUCAUCACAGACUGUAACACAGAAUGAAAGUCACAGAAGAGGUGCUAAACAUCCAACAGCACAUGUAAAUGAGAAGCCAUUUUCAUGUUCAGAAUGUGAUAAAAGUUUCAACCAUAAAUCAACUCUUGUUAUACACGAGAGAACUCACACCGGGGAGAAGCCAUUUUCAUGUUCAGAAUGUGGGAAAUGUUUUAGCCAGAAAUCAGCUCUUGUUACACAUCAAAAAACUCACAGAGAAGAGAGGCCAUUUUCAUGUUCAGAAUGUAAAAAAUGUUUUAAGCGUAAAACAAUUCUUGAUAAACAUCAAGAAACUCACAGAGAAGAGAGGCCAUAUUCAUGUUCCGAAUGUGAAAAAUGUUUUAAGCAGAAAUUUGCUCUUGUCGUACAUCAGAGAAAUCACACAGGGAUGAAGCCAUUUUCAUGUUUAGAAUGUGGGAAAUGUUUUAACAAUAAUUCACAUCUUGUUGUACAUCAGAGAACUCACUCAGAAGAGAAGCCAUUUUCAUGCUCAGAAUGUGGGAAAUGUUUUAAGUAUAAACAAGCUCUUGUUACGCAUCAGAGAAUUCACACAGGAGAGAAGCCAUAUUCAUGUUCAGAAUGUGGUGAAUGUUUUAAGCAGCAAUCAGCACUUGUUUUGCAUCAGAGAGUUCACACCGGGGAGAAGCCAUAUUCAUGCUCAGAAUGUGGAAAAUGUUUUCAGCAGAAAUCAUCUCUUGUUAUACAUCAGAGAAAUCACACCGGUGAGAAGCCAUUUUCAUGCUCAGAAUGUGGAAAAUGUUUUAGGCAGAAAAUAACUCUUGUUACACAUCAAAAAACUCACGGGGAAGAGAGGCCAUUUUCAUGUUCAGAAUGUGGAAAAUGUUUUAAGCUGAAAUCGGCUCUUGUUGUACAUCAGAGAAAUCACACCGGGGAGAAGCCAUUUUCAUGUUCAGAAUGUGGGAAAUGUUUUAACAAUAAUUCACAUCUUGUUGUACAUCAGAGAAAUCACACAGGAGAGAAGCCAUUUUCAUGUUCAGAAUGUGGGAAAUGUUUUAAGAAGAAAUUGGCUCUUGUUGUACAUCAGAGAAAUCACUUCGGGGAGAAGCCAUUUUCAUGUUUAGAAUGUGGGAAAUGUUUUAACAAUAAUUCAAAUCUUGUUGUACAUCAGAGAACUCACACAGAAGAGAAGCCAUUUUCAUGCUCAGAAUGUGGGAAAUGUUUUAAGUAUAAACAAGCUCUUGUUACGCAUCAGAGAAUUCACACAGGAGAGAAGCCAUAUUUAUGUUCAGAAUGCGGUGAAUGUUUUAAGCAGCAAUCAGCACUUGUUUUCCAUCAGAAAGUUCACACCGGGGAGAAGCCAUAUUCAUGCUCAGAAUGUGGAAAAUGUUUUCAGCAGAAAUCAGCUCUUGUUAUACAUCAGAGAAAUCACACCGGUGAGAAGCCAUUUUCAUGCUCAGAAUGUGGAAAAUGUUUUAAGCAGAAAAUAACUCUUGUUACACAUCAAAAAACUCACAGAGAAAAGCCAUCUCCAUUCUUAGCCCUUUAGUGACCUCUCUUAUGUAUUUAGUUUUUUUUUUAAUUCUUUUUAUUGAAACAUUUUAAAUUUUGAAAACGGGGACAGAAAUGAAAAAAGGGGAGGGAAAUAUACCAAGAUUUCUGGAAUUAUACAUUGUUUGAAAUAGUCCAUCUAUAUCAUGAAGCAACUGAUAAAGAUGGGUUUCCAGCAAUCAGCAUAUUAGAAUAUAUAGUAACAUAGUACGCAAGGCCGAAAAAAGACAUCCGUCCAUCCAGUUCGGCCUGCCAUCCUGCAAGU